GAUUUAUAGUGUGACAUUAUACCAGAGAGGGUGACAAUGUAAGAUGAGUUAACUAGAUAGGUGGUAGAAUUUCAUGGAAGAGAAUAAUUGAGGUAGGAGAAACUUCACUGAAAUACAAUAAUAAAAAAAAAAUUGAAUUAAAAGUAAUAAUGCGUGGAAAAUGGUGAAGUAAAAGAUAGAGAAGAAAAAUAUGAACAAUUCUGAAGAGGAAUAGACUCGCUAAGAAAGAGAAAGUAAUUUCGAGAAAGAUACAAAAUGAAUAAUACAAAGUAGAUAUGCAUACAGAGUAGGCUAGAGAAAAAAAUAUUUAAAAAAAUAAUGAUAGAAAGAACAGAGAGAUGAUAUACAAAUAUAGUCUGAAUUCCUGGCUCCAAGGAUCAAAUACACCAUAAUCAUAAUUGAAACCAUGCAGACAAGGAACAGUUUGCAUUUAGCAAACCAAAUCACACUUUAAUCACUUCAGCUCUCUGAAGAGGGGUUGCACUGAUCCCGCUACCCCUCUUCAAGAUAGAGAUCUCAAACUCAUCAAUCGUAUCUAUCUCACAGCACAUGCAGCAGCCGCCAGGAAGGCAAGCAGAGCAGCAAGGCUUGAACUGUUUAAUGUCAACAUCAACAUGCUACACUGAAGUUGACACUAUUAUUUCCAAAGUGUGCAAAGGAGGAGAUAUAAGUUGGCUUUCCAGUGGACUCGACUUGCUCAUCUUCAGUAGAACAACAUUUAUGGAACAUUAUGUUCUUCUUUCACACUUGAAAAACUUGUGGAGUCAAGUGCCUGCAUAUCACUGAUUAAUUUUCUUUUAGCUUCAAAUUGAAGAAAAAUGGAAAACUGUUUCUAGCCAGGUAGCAUACCUGACCUAUGGACAACCUGUAUUCUUUUGUUAAAAUAAUUACCAUUCGCCAUAAAACAUUUGCAGCCACAAAGAAGCAUUGAGUUGUUCCAUUCUAUUUGAACUUUCAAAAUUGUGAAUACAAGUCAACAAGAGAAAAAGGAUAGAGUCAAUUUAUCACUUGAUUUCUCAAUUGCAUGACAUGUAUUCCAACUACAAAGAAAUGUUCAUCUCGAGCAUUGGAUGAACUGAAUUGAAAGGAUCAGUAAAUACCAUGGAUUCAUUCAGACAGGUAGAGAAUAUUAAGGAUUGAUUCAAUGACCAUUCAGUAGUCAAUGGAUGAACACCUCUAUUGCUUUCUAUGUGAACAUAAUAGGUCCAUGGUGUGAACAAUCCCAUUGGAUGCAUGCUAGCAUCACUAUGGGACCCAGAUGCAGGAAAGCAUCUAAUGAGAAAUGAUGGAUGCAUGGGGGAACCAUUAAGUACUGUUACGUGACAUGUUUGUCACUCUGCUAUCACUACAGCGAUGUGUUAAUGAGAUAAUAGACACAUGUGUGAUAUCAUAUUUUAUUGUCUGUCAAAAUGGGAAACAAUAUUUUGAGCAUGAUGAUGUUUUCCUGUGGAUAAUUACAUGAAAAGUGAAGAGGAUUACCAUGAUUGUGAUAGGCGACUAACUCAAGCCUUUCAGUGGAGGAUAUUCAGUUUGAAAACUUCAACAGAGGGUGAAAGCGCGGAGACAGAGGUAUUUUCUUAGCUGGUGGAAUUAAUCUUCAAAAGUCAAGAAUACAUGCAGCAAGAUCUUUCUAAACAACACCAUUUGGAUAUUAUCACCCUGCAGACACAAAAUGCAACCUACCCAUCUGUGGAAGGAAACUUCAUUAUGCACGAGGUAACGAGCAUGACGAACAUCACUCCAAGAAUGUCAACAGUAGGAGGAGACAGUCUGGUAACCAAUACUCCAACUCAUCCAUCAGCUUAUCCUAACCAAACACACACUAUCAUCAUAGCAACUCUCUUCAUCCUUGUUGGCACCAUUGGUAUGAUUGGCAACUGCCUGGUUCUCAUUGCUGUGCUGCUCUCAAAGAAGCUACAAACGGCCACCAACGCUUUUGUUGUUAACCUCAGCAUCUCUGACUUUCUAACCUGCUUUGUACUGCCGUUUCAUGCUUCAGGGCUUUUCAGUGACAGUGGAUGGCUACUCUCCGAUGGGAUGUGUAACUUUGUUGCCGUACUGACCAUCACCACACCAACGGUCAGUGUAUUAACACUUGGAAUGAUUGCAGUGAAUCGUUAUACCUUGAUAACAAAAACAAAGAAAACGUACCAACAGAUCUACCGACUGCCUGUCAUAGCAGCUCUUGUCUCAACCACAUGGUUACUUCCAAUAUUAACGAUAGUUAUUCCUCAGUUGACAAACCUUGGAAACUUGGGAUUUGACUACUUUUAUAAAAUCUGUAAAUGGGAUGUAGAUCUAUCCAAGAUACCUAUCUUUCAGACAAUAUCGUCGGUCACAUUCCUGGCAUCGACAGGAGUUAUCAUUUUCUGUUACAUGUCAAUAUAUCUCUACGUUCGCAAGCACAUCACUGAAAUGAAAGCGAAACGAAAGAGCCAGGUGAUAUCACUGCAGAGUAUAAGCAUAGAAGAAAACAAUGCAGCACCACAAAAUAGACGGCAAAGAUCUCCAACUAAAAGCAAUAUCAACGGGACACCUUCUCUGAGACAGGUCAAAAUCACCAAGAACUUAUGUUAUGUUGUGAUCAUAUUCUUUGUUUGUGUGGUCCCGUACUCUGUGCUGCUCCUCUUUCGUGUUCGCCACCUAGCAGUAGCAUAUUUUGCUGUAGUAUUUACUCUGUCAAGUAACAUCAAUCCGAUUCUGUACUCUGCCAAGCAUCCUGAUUUCAGGUCGGUCUUCGUCGCAAUGCUGCAUUGCAAAUACCUUGAUGUUGUUAGCCCAUCUGGGUGUCUCAGAACGCUAAUUGAAAGGACAGAGGCAACACCAAACAAUAAAAGCUCGUCAGAAUCAUAGUCAGCACAGAUUAUAGGAUCUUUACCCCAUCUGAAUAAUAAUUAUUCAAAGAUCUAGAAUGGUUCUCCUAUCCACAAAGAGUAAUGUAUUUUGGAUGUACUGUAUGUUUAUAUUUAACAGUGAAAAUAACUCAUCUUCUGAUUUUUAUAACAACUUUGAAUUGUAUCCAAAAUACAUAAUGUAAAUACAAGAUUUGCCACCAGCCUACAACUUGUCCCAAAAUGCAAUACCGAUUAUUAUAAAUGCUCAUUCAUUAUCUCCUCAAUAUAAAUGUUUAAUUCCUUACCCCUUCUUUAAAAAAAAAACCUAACCCCUCUCUAGUUUCAAAUAAGAGCUCAAAUCAUACACUAUAUUUGCCUAAUGUUAAAUUGUCAGUUGUACUUGUGUUUAAACUUCUUUCAUGACUUAAGUAUUUGUAUGCUUUUGUAUUUAAAAUGUAUAUGUAUUCAUUUUGGUAUAUCUUAUCAUGUGUAUAUACUUGUUUUGUUUUUAUGCAUAGGGCCCCUAUUGAUACCAGCACAUUGCUUAAAGGGAACCCUAAUAAAAUAUUGUUAAAAUAAUGCUACUUGUCAAACCACUAUGAAAUAACCACCACUUUGGAAAGAUAUAUCCCAAUGAAAUAUUCAUUAUUAAGAACAACCUCGGUAAAAUUGCACUUUUCAUUAACAUUAAAGGAUAUGAAAACAAUGUACAUUUCUAGAGAUGUUGGUGAGAGUAACACACUGUUUUGUACAGUACGUUUUCUUCUCGAGGGGAAGGGAGGAUAGAUCUUGCAUCUACCUCAAUACAACACCAUGUAUAAAAAAUGCAUAAAAAUAAAAAUAUGGAGAAGAAUAUCAAGUGUUUCAGUUAAGUGAUUUCCUAAACUCUGAAUACAAAAUGACUAUUUGACUUAUUACAGAGAACCUUCCUGUCAAGCUAUUGUUGAGUUUGAGGUAGAUUUUCACAUACUUAAUGGAAAUGAUUAAUCGAAUAUCCGUUUUCUUAUUGUUCUUUUUUAUCAAUCACUGUCAUCAGGUGGACGAAUAUAUAAUUAUACACAAAUACAAUGAACGAUAUAUAUAUAUAUGUAUGAUUCUUAGCUAGAGAAUUUAAUUUUCUUUGAAAAUAAUAUGUCAUUCUAUCAUGAAUGAUAUUUACAAUUUUAGAAGGAUGGGGGGUGGUGGUAGGGGGUUAUAAGUUGGAUACAUAUUUGCCCAUUAUAACUAUCUGUCAUCAACCACCUAAAUGGUGAUACACAUAAUGAAUGUAUAAAAUGAGAAUAUUCAUAUGUAAUAACUCUGGAUUAAAACAUGCAUGUUCCCAUAUGAUAUACAUGUACUACAGUGUUAUUAGGCCAUACGAGUAUGGGCAAUCAAAUAUUUACCCACAAAUCAUGAACCAUUCAAAUUCAAGAGGGAGUGCAAACACUGAGGAAUCAAUGCAUAAACAAAAGAUGAAAUAUUCGAUUGUGAGAUAAGAGGGAUACAAUGAUGUCUCACACUUUUUAGAGCAUAUCACAAUUAAAUAUUGCACAUCUAUUUUCUAUGUGUCAUAUUUUCUUCACGAGGUCAAAGUCAAAUUUAAUGAUAUCUGCAUAGUUUUUACUGAAAUCAAGACUUAACUUUGAUAAGAAUAUCCUCUUAUCAGGUACUGUCUUUAGUCUUGUCUGAAGUUGAAUUAUGUAUACCAUAAAUUGAAAUAAAAUGGCUUUCUCAGAA